AGCAGCGACUCACUAUGAGGGGAACUUUAUCACUAUGAAACUUAGGAAGAUUUGCAAAAUAUUGUAAAAAUUACCAAACCCCCUCGUGAAUCAACAACGUCCCCCAAGGGUUUAAGAUUUUUAGCUUAGUUCGCCCGGAAUGGGCCUCUCCACUCACUAUUCUGACACUUUUUUUUUUGAAAGAAUGUGUGAGACAGGCAGUUAGCGGCUAGCUAGGAUCUGGGAGGUGAGACAGGCGGCAGCAGAACAAAAGAAUCCUCUUUUUUGCGUUUUGACCGGUUGUACUGACACCAAGUCCAUGCAGAACGUGUCAUUGCCAUCACAAUGCCCGUCUUACUUUUCCUGAUAGACACGUCCGCUUCAAUGAACCAGCGCACCCAUCUGGGCACUACCUAUCUGGACAUAGCAAAGGGCGCUGUUGAGACUUUUAUGAAGCUCAGAGGGAGAGACCCGGCGAGCCGCGGGGACCGGUACAUGUUGGUAAAUUUUGAAGACGUUCCGUUCGGGAUAAAGGCUGGAUGGAAAGAGAGCCACGCCACUUUCAUGACCGAGCUGAGGAACCUCCAAGCAACCGGACUCACAUCUAUUGGCCAGUCCUUGAGGACAGCUUUUGAUUUACUCAAUCUCAAUAGAUUAGUGACUGGGAUAGACAACUAUGGACAGGGAAGAAACCCUUUUUUCCUCGAGCCUGCCAUCAUAAUCGCAAUCUCCGACGGCAACAAGUUGACCAGCAGUAGCGGAGUCCAAGAUGAGCUCCAUCUGCCCUUGACCACGCCGCUGCCAGGUAGCGAACUGACCAAGGAGCCGUUCCGCUGGGACCAGCGUCUGUUCGCGCUGGUGCUGCGUAUCCCUGGCAACGCUUCGGUGGAGCCAGAACCCCUCGGCGGCGUCCCAUCUGAUGACUCUCCCAUCACACCCAUGUGUGAGGUCACCGGAGGGCGUUCCUACAGCGUGUUCUCCCAGCGCAUGUUGAAUCAGUGUCUGGAGUCUCUGGUGCAGAAAAUUCAAAGUGGAGUGGUGAUAAACUUUGAGAAGACGGGGCCUGACCCUCCUCCACUAGAAGAUGCUCCGGCCGAGGCGCUGAAGUCUGGGCUGCAGCCUUGGCAUUGCUGUCACAAGCUGAUCUACGUGCGGCCCAACCCAAAAACUGGUGUUCCUAUUGGUCACUGGCCCAUCCCCGAGGCCUUCUGGCCAGAUCAGAACUCCCCAACGCUGCCCCCGCGCUCGGCCCACCCCCACGUGCGGUUCUCCUGCGUGGACGCUGAGCCCAUGGUGAUAGACAAGGUUCCCUUCGACAAGUACGAGCUGGAGCCGUCGCCGCUCACGCAGUAUAUUCUGGAGAGGAAGUCCCCGCACACCUGCUGGCAGGUGUUUGUGAGUAACAGUGCCAAGUACAGUGACCUGGGCCAGCCCUUUGGCUACCUAAAGGCCAGCACAGCGUUGAACUGCGUGAACCUGUUUGUAAUGCCCUACAACUACCCCGUGCUGCUGCCACUGCUGGACGACUUGAUCAAAGUGCACAAGUUCAAGCCAACCAUCAAAUGGCGGCAGUCCUUUGAGAACUACCUGAAGACGAUGCCUCCCUAUUACAUCGGGUCCCUGAGAAAAGCUCUGAGGAUCAUGGGAGCACCGAACCUGCUGGCUGACAACAUGGAGUACGGUCUGAGCUACAGCGUGGUCUCCUACCUGAAGAAGCUCAGCCAGCAGACAAAAAUCGAGUACGACCGUCUGAUCGCCUCGAUUGGUAAGAAGCCUCCUCCCCCGGAGCCGGGUAUCAAAGUCCGCUGGAGGGGAGGAGGAAUCUCUCUGGCCCAGCGCCGGGACUUCAUCCAGCAGCUGCAGACGCUCACGGGAGACACGCCGGUCCUGCCGCUGGAGCUCAACCCCAAAGAGUUCCAGGGCUUCCACCUGGCCCUGCUCAACAAGGGCCUGAAACCCCAGACCUUUAGGAAUCCCUACGACGUCCCGCGCAGCCAUCUGCUGGACCAGCUCAGCCGGAUGAGGAGGAACCUGCUUAACACCAGCGUCUGCACUCUCCGAGGGCAGGACUCCGACCAGCUCCACAGCGUGCCAAUCGCCCAGAUGGGAAACUACCAAGACUUCCUCAAAGCUGCUCCCCAGCCUCUCCGAGACGCAGAUCCUGAACAGCCCAAGCGUUUGCACACGUUCGGUAACCCCUUCAAACUGGACAAGAAGGGCAUGAUGAUCGACGAGGCGGACGAGUUUGUGACUGGUCCCCAGAACAAGGGAAAAAGACCCGGAGACAGCAGCAACAUGCAGGGGGGAGGCCCCAAGAGGCGGCGCUGCAUGUCCCCUCUGCUGCGGCUGGGCCGGGCCUACACUCCCCCCGUAACCCCCCCUGCCAGCCCACGCCCCUCAACAGACAUGGACAUGAACGAUGACGCAGCAGAGCCGGAGCUGAUCAUCAACCACCUGGACCUGGACCUGAACCACUACAGCUCAGACAGCAGCUGUGAUCUGGAGGUGGAUGACCCGUCGGGGCCCGCCGACCCCCAGGAGAACCACACGGGUGACGACCCGGGGGAGGAGGAGCAGAACGGGACGCCCCGGCCAGGUGAACCCCCGCUGGGCGGAGAGGACGGGCCCCACAUGGUCCUGCUGGAGGACCCGGCAACACGCUUCCUGUCUCCCACAGCGCUGAAGAAACACAUUCACACAGAGACAACAAAGGUGAACAACGAGCUGCGAGCGCUCAUCACCAAGGAGAUCAGAAAACCCGGCAGACACUACGACAAGAUCUUCCACCUCCUGAAGCAGAUCCAGGGCACGCUGGACACGCGGCUCAUCUUCCUGCAGAACAUCAUCAAAGAGGCCGCCAGGUUCAAGAAGCGCGUUCUCAUCGAGCAGCUGGAAAACUUCCUGGAGGAAAUCCACAACAGAUCCAACAACAUGAACCACGUGGACACACUCUGAGACCAACCAGACUCUGAACUGCCCCAGCCACCGUUCCUACCCCCCCUGACCCCUCCUGAUACCCCCCCCCCCCCCCCCUCCCUGACCCACGACGGCCCCCAGCCCCCCAUCACCUCUUCAGUUCUCUCUCCGUGUCAUUCACAUCCGUGCUGGUUGUUAGGAAGUGAAGCAGUUUGGACCCGGGACGAUGCAAGUGAAGUUUGCCGGUAUCUUAAAGAAUGACUGAUGGAGCAGUUAUUGCUGCGUGUUAAGUGUUUCCCUAUGCAACGAGAUGCCUUUCGGAGGUUUGGUUACAGCUGCUUUCAGAUCCUUUUCUGGAACAUUUGCCACGACAAAUAAUUUUCUUUUUUUUUGCCAACAAAUUGGACAUUACUCCUCCAAUGAGAGGCAGCAUUAAAGAGCAGUGUUUUGUGACCAGCAGUGCAGGAAGGGUUUGGUAUGUGUGUUUGUUUCCUGAGAACUCAGGGUCAAAAGGAUCCGGUGGAGAUGCUGAUGAGUUUCCCCUCAAGCCUUUUCAUUCAUCCACUUUCCCCUUCAUGAAAAGUCUUACUGUUUCUUGUGUUUUGAUUUGUGGGAGGAUAUAACUGUUGUCAGAAUCGUUUUGUUCAAACUGACUUCCGACAGUCCAGUAACAGGAGCUCUUCAAUACUCUCAAUCAUUAACGGGUAGGAUUUGGCUCCAGCAUUGAAUUUGUCAAUUGUCGUCUACCCUGUUACAAAUGAAAUUAAUGUUAUUGAGUAAUAAUUUAAGAAUUAGACAAAGAGUUUGAGUUCCCCCUCUUUGGGAGGGGAAAAGGAUCUGCAGUUUUCUUUCCAUUUGAACACUGUAAUCCUAAAGUCAGUAAGCUCAAUGCAAAGUUAAACCACCUUGAAUGAUGCAGCAUCAAUAGUGAUGGAUGAUGAAUUACAGGGACAAAAAGCUCAGGAACUGAUAUAAAUGCAUCAAUAUCAGCAAUAAUAACGUUUGAGCCUCCUCCCCAUUUGGACUAUAUUUUAGCCUUAAGUGGCUGAUGGGAAACGCGCGCCGUCGUCUGCUGAAGUGAAGCGGGAUUGUGGAUUUCCAGCUCGUCCCAGGGAGCUGGUGCUGCCAAACCACUCCACCCCAACCCCCUUCUACGCCCGGAAUCUCAAAACAACUUCUUAACGCACAACCUUCAAUGCACUUGUGUAAAUUUGAGAAUUCUUAUUUAAUGUAAUUUAAAAGAUUUUUUUUUUUAGGGUUCAUUGUUCUCAAAUGUACACAAAUAAGGCCACGUUAAGUUGUCGAGGUCAAAGGUUGGUUUGUGAUUUCUAAAGGCAGCCCUCUUCCACUCCCUCCCUCCUUGGACGGGGACCAAAAUCUGCCAUAACUUUGUCUUUUGUUUGUGAAGAGGUCGCUACCAAAAGAGUAUUUUGAAUACACUGUAAAGUUGUAAAUAACCCUAGAGUUACUAUUUAAAGAGAAUGUUAAGUGCAAAAUGGCCUUUUUGUAAGUAUUUCCAUGAAUAAAGUUUCUAUUUUACACUGUGAAUGGCCAUGUAAAUAAAGUGUUCUGUAAAGAUGUGACUCUGUUGAUCUUUGUUUCGGCAUUAAGAUGAAAGAGGAUUAAAAAAAAAAAAGAGGCAUUGAUAGAAGAGAAAGAAUCCAAUGUGUAAAAACAUAGUAAAAUUUUAUUUACAUUUAUGUACAAAAAUAAUGUCCCUCUUUCUGAAGUGUCGUGGAGCCUCCACAAAUAAAUACCGGUAGUGAAAGUAGCUCAUACAGUACAGAGCGUGGUGUGGCGUUG